AUGGCAUCAUGCCUUUAUGAAUGUCUUUGUGAGGCAGAACUUGAAAAAUACUAUCCCCAUUUUGCUGCCUUUGGUCUUCAGAAGAUUGAUGAGCUUGCCAAAGUUUCCAUGAAAGAUUAUAUCAAACUGGGGAUCCAUGACAUGAAUGACCGCAAACGACUCUUUCAGCUCAUUAGAAUAAUCAAAAUUAUGCAAGAGGAAGAUAUUGCAGACUUAAACAAGCAAGAUUUUCAACCAAAUAGCCUUUUCAUUCAGCCUCAGGUGACCAGAUCAGGUCCCCGUAGACAGCUGCAUUUUGAGUCCUUUUUUGAAGAAAAUGAUGGAAUUUUGAAGAAAAUUCAGGACUCUGAAUCUGAAUCAUAUCAUUCGUCUGAUUUCAGUGCCAAUGACAAGAACAACAGUGCAGGGGAAAUGUUGGGACACAUUAAACCACAUGAUUCAGAGCUGAUCAGAUUAAAUAGAAGAGACCUAAAUACUCCUGGAAUAUGCACAAAAAAGGAUCUGAGCUGUCCAACAGUUUCUGAUGAUAUUGCUUCUCUCCUGGGGGAUUCUGAAGCUCCUAUCAUACAAAGAAUAACUCAUAUUUCAGGGUAUAAUUAUGGACUACCUCAUUCCUGUAUCAGAUCCAGUACCUCUGAGAAAGAAACUCCAUGGACAGAGAGUGAAAAAAUCAGAGUGUGUGUUCGAAAACGUCCUCUAGGCCUGAGAGAAGAGCGACGUGGGGAGGUUAAUAUCAUCACAGUGAAAGAUAAAGAAACCCUACUUCUUCAUGAGAAGAAGGAGGCGGUUGAUCUCACCCAAUACAUUUUACAGCAUGUUUUUUAUUUUGAUGAAGUCUUUGGGGAGUCAUGUACCAAUCAGGAUGUGUAUAUGAAGACAGCUCAUCCUCUCAUUCAGCAUAUUUUUAACGGAGGCAAUGCAACCUGCUUUGCAUAUGGGCAGACUGGUGCUGGCAAGACUUACACUAUGAUAGGUACUCACCGGAACCCAGGACUCUACGCCUUGGCUGCCAAGGACAUCUUUAGACACCUGGAAGCACCACAGUCAAGGAAAGAUCUCCUUGUUUUGAUCAGUUUUUACGAGAUCUACUGUGGACAGCUUUAUGACCUGCUAAAUGGAAGGAAGAGACUUUUUGCAAGAGAAGAUAGCAAGCAUGUCGUUCAAAUAGUUGGACUGCGUGAGGUGCAGGUGGACUCUGUAGAUCUACUAUUGGAGGUGAUUUUGAAGGGGGGAAAAGAACGUAGCACAGGAGCUACUGGAGUCAAUUCAGAUUCCUCACGAUCUCAUGCUAUCAUCCAAAUCCAAAUUAAAGACACAGCCAACAGGACAUUUGGAAGGAUAUCAUUCAUUGACUUGGCUGGCAGUGAAAGGGCAGCUGAUGCCAGAGACUCAGAUCGACAAACAAAAAUGGAAGGAGCGGAAAUAAACCAGAGUCUUUUAGCACUAAAGGAAUGCAUUCGGGCGUUGGAUCAGGAACAUGCACAUACUCCUUUCCGGCAAAGCAAAUUAACUCAGGUGCUAAAGGAUUCUUUCAUUGGCAAUUCCAAGACGUGUAUGAUAGCCAAUGUAUCACCUAGCCACAUAGCUACAGAGCAUACCCUGAACACUUUACGAUAUGCUGACAGGGUCAAAGAGCUGAAGAAAGGGAUGAAAUGUUCUACCCCUGUCACAAACAGGCAUCGAACAGCUGGAAAUGUAUCUCCAAAACGCGUCCAAAACUCUUCCUCUUUGCCACCUGGUGAAAAGAGCUCUCCAAAGAAAGUGAAGCUAGGCCUCCAGCAUCCAUCAAACGCUACAAAAACAAAGGCAUGUCCUGCAGCACUCCAGCCACCAAGUGUCCCUUUUACCUCUACCCCCAGGGGAAUCAACAAAGGACAUGCCUACAAAGGAAACCCCAACUCACCAUGGUUCCACCACACUAGCCCAGUUAAGGGAGUCCUACGGCUAACCCAUCCCCUGAGGAAGAAAACUGAUGAUCUGUCCCCCAACUCUGAAAAGAACCCCACUGCAAAGGACUUCAUCAUCAAAAAUGCUGCCACAGCAGAAACAAAAGAGAAUGGCCAGAGAGACAAGUGUAUGCAAGACAGACCACCUGUCCAGUGCCUGAAAGUCCAGACAGUGCAACCUGUUCAGAAACAGCUUGUUUCUAGAGAUGAUUUUUCCUUUGGGGAUGGAAAUCUGCCUUCUGCCAGCAGACAGGAAUGGGGAAACACCUUUGCUAAACAGUGUGUUGGAACCUGGACAAAUCUGCCUCCAUUUCAGAAGGAAAGGGAAGAGCAUUUACGUCUUUAUCACCAGCAGUUUCAGCAGCCACCUAUUCUACAGCAAAAAUUGAACUAUCAGCCUCUUGAGACGUUUUUAAUGCAAUACAAGCCCCAAGAGAUUCAAGUGAAGCAGGAACUGAGCCUUACUCGUACAGAAGUACAGAGCAAAGAGGUGAUGCAGCUGGAAGAUCUGGAUGACAGUGAUUUCAGUGAAGAUUCUUUUUCACCUGUCUGCAGUCAAAAGAGUGUGAAAAGAAGCAACACCGACAAAUGCAGUCAACAUUCAUUUUUCCUUCAUCAGAGAGAACAAGGAACUGAAGAAGAGGAAAAUGGCCAAAAGCGACAGGAUUUAUUUUUUAAAUAUUCAACACCCACACAAGAACAUGAACUAGAUGACAGCUGGGAUUGUAGUAAGGGGAGCCCAAAACCAGAGGAAUCUGUUAAAAAUGCAGGCUGCAGCAAAACUCCAUCAGACUGGAGCUAUGACUUAACUAUUGAGUCCUCUUCAAGCAAUACUGCAGAAAAACCUUACUGCCUGCAAGACGAUCCUGCUUGUAACUGGAAAAAUGGCAAAGAUUUCCUACCUGAUCACAAACAGUACAAAUCCAAGCACAGAUGUCUUGUUUACUCCAGUGAAGCCACCUUAACUCCAGAAAAGGAUCCUUCAAACUCAUAUGUUUCUUCUGUACUGAAAUCGGGAACUACAGAGUGCAAAGAAAUUGACCUCCACCAUGAAGAGAAGGAAGAAUCCACUUUGGAUAGACAGACUGCCCUUGCAGGAGAUGUAAAGUGGAAAGCUCGAAAAACUGGAAGAUCCACAAUGGUUAACUCCAUUUGUUCCUCAGAAUUCCCUUCUGAGCUAACGGCCCCUCUCACAGUAACCCUUCUUGAUUAUGAGGAAACAACUGAUACAGAGACAGUGUCGUCUAACCAAGAGAAGUGCCCCCGUGUAAAGCAGAUGUCAGACAGGAACAUGCAUGGCUCCCAGAACAGGUUUGAGGAAGAAAGCUGGCAGUGUACGAGAAGCAGAGCUCUGACGGACAGCAUGCUGGAACUAGGGGAGCAAGUGCGUCGUGGUGGAAGACACUGCACCCAGCUGCAUUCCCCACAAACGGGGGACAAGUGGCUUUCACCGCACUGCUGUGAUGUGAAGACAUGCUGCUGCCUUCUAGGCUCAGGUUCAUCAAAGCAAGGAGUUGUUCACAGUUUAUUUGUUGGACAUGACCUGACAGAAACAUCCACAGCUGAAUUCACGGGCUCCAGGGGAGAGAGAGAAGGUGGUUUGUUUCUGAGUAACUCAACAUGCAAAGAAUACUCAGGUGGUAGACAGUGUGAUGCUGAUGUUAAAGACAGUACUGGUAAUUCAGGAAAAUCUAACUCCAAUCAAGGACCCAGUGCUGAGCUCAUGGCUCAAGAAAUGAAUGCAGAUAUACCUGAAAAGAGCUACUUUUUAGGUGCACCAUGCUUUCUCAGUGUGGGAAAUAUAGAUUACGCAGUCCAGUCUCCCUCUCAAGAAAGCAGCCUGCUGUUACAGCCCAAGUCAGCACUGAGGAAUGAGGACUUCAGUCAUUCUGAAGACCCAGCUAAGUCAUCGUUCAGCAAUGAGGAAAUAGGUUUGCUAAAAAACAAGUUAAUGCAGAGUAAUCUUACACAAGAGACCUUUGCUGCGGAUUCAGGAUCUGCAACCAAAGAUAAUAAGCCAUUAACAAAUGCAAAGAGCCCCUCAGGCAUGUCCAGCAGCAGCUCUCCAAGUGUUACAUCAGAGACAGGAAAAUGGGAGAGGGAAGACCUACAAAAGGCUCAACAGGCUGUAAUUCGGGCCCAUCGGCAGCAGCUGGAUGAAAUGGCAUCCUUGUGCUUCAAGGAAGAGUGCUUGAUAAAUCAGAUGUCAGCAAUGGAUUUUCAGAAUUUCAUGACCAAGCUGGAUGAAAUCUUGGUACUGAAGUCGAAGUGUAUCCAAACAAUGAGAGCUCAGCUUCAGCUCUAUUUAGCCCCUGCUGGCACUGACAUGUCCCUGCAAACACCUCCACCAGUUUAG